GCCUCGUCCACCGUCUUCAUUAAGAACUCUGCUCAGACUAUUCUCCUUAAAGCUAACGACUUCCAUUUUCGUAAUCCUUAAUCUUCUCACCUUCUUCAUCAUCCUGUACACGCUUCUUCCUCUAAAAAACCCCCCCUCUGAGCUAGGGCUAGAGUUAGGGUUUACAGAGAUCGUCUCCUCUCGUCGCGUCAAUGGGGAAAGGGGGUGCUUCUUCACUUAGCGAUGGCGUCGUCAAGAAGAUCCUCCUCUCCUACGCUUAUGUCGCGAUCUGGAUCUUCCUCAGUUUCACUGUCAUCGUCUACAACAAGUACAUCCUCGAUCGCAAGAUGUACAACUGGCCUUUCCCGAUCUCCCUCACCAUGAUCCACAUGGCCUUCUGCUCCUCCCUCGCCUUCCUCCUCGUCCGCGUCUUCAAACUCGUCGAGCCCGUCUCCAUGUCGCGCGAUCUCUACCUCUCCUCCGUCGUCCCGAUCGGCGCGCUCUACUCGCUCAGUCUCUGGUUCUCCAAUUCCGCCUACAUUUACCUCUCCGUCUCCUUCAUUCAGAUGCUCAAGGCCCUGAUGCCCGUGGCCGUGUACUCCAUCGGCGUUUUGUUCAAGAAAGAGACUUUCAAGACGGAAUCCAUGGCGAACAUGCUGUCGAUCUCGUUUGGAGUCGCGAUCGCAGCCUACGGCGAGGCCAGGUUCGACACCUGGGGUGUGAUUCUGCAGCUCGGUGCCGUGGCGUUCGAGGCGACCCGCUUGGUCAUGAUCCAGAUCUUGUUGACCUCCAAGGGUAUCACAUUGAACCCCAUUACUUCGCUUUACUAUGUGGCGCCCUGUUGUCUUGUGUUCUUGUUUGUUCCGUGGGUGAUUAUGGAAUUCCCAAUUUUGAAGGAGACUUCAAGUUUCCAUUUUGAUUACGUGAUUUUCGGCACGAACUCGUUCUGUGCAUUUGCUUUGAAUCUGGCGGUGUUUUUGUUGGUGGGGAAAACUUCGGCUUUGACUAUGAAUGUCGCCGGAGUGGUGAAAGAUUGGAUGUUGAUCGCGUUUUCGUGGUCCGUGAUAAAGGAUACGGUGACACCCAUUAAUUUGGUUGGGUAUGGAGUUGCGUUCUUGGGGGUGGCUUACUAUAAUCAUUCGAAGUUGCAGGCGCUGAAGGCAAAGGAGGCGCAGAAGAAGGCUGCACAGGCCGAUGAGGAGGCUGGAAGGUUGUUGGAGGAGAGAGAUGGGGAAGGAAUGGGAAGGAAGAGUGAAACGCAGGCUUGAUUCGUGGGCUAAUUGAAAGUUAUUCUUGUCUGGGUUUGUUUCUGUGGCAUAGGGAAGGGAAGAGAUGAUCAAGUUGAAGUGUUUAGAGGAUGGGUGACAAAAGAUCGAUGGCUAUCUCUUUAGGAUCGCUCAUUCAGCCGUUUUGGGGUAUGAGGACUUAGAAUUCUUCUAAAUUUAUUGCCAUGUUGUUCAUCUAGGUCGCUGUCACUUAAUUUUAUUGGGGUUUUGAUGUAGUCUUUUGCUGCCUUUAGCACCAAAUCAUGUUUCUGACUGGAGGAACAAUCAAUCAGGGGAGCCCUUUGUCCUUUUAGCUAUUUUGAUAAAUUAUGUAUGUUUUUGACCUCUUCCUCUUGGAGGAAACCUUAGAUGAUUUAUCUAUUGAUGGUUGAGUUAAGUA